UGCGUCCCCUUUCGCAGUGCCCUCACUCGCACCUCGUUAUUGUCUCUAAUGCCCCAAAGGCUCCUUUGCAGAGACGGACGCACUAGUCUGGACUCUCCACAUUGUUGUGCUCUUCUCUAGCUUGAAGCCAUGCCGCCCAAGGCUGCUAAGGGCAAGGAGGCUCCGGCCGAACGCCCCAUCCUUGGUCGCUUCUCCUCCCACUUGAAGAUUGGUAUUGUUGGACUCCCCAAUGUUGGAAAAUCCACUUUGUUCAACACUCUCACGAAACUUGCCAUCCCUGCGAUGAAUUUUCCUUUCUGUACAAUUGAGCCCAAUGAAGCACGCGUUUACGUACCUGAUGAGAGGUUCGAUUGGCUCUGCCAGCUGUUCAAACCGAAAAGCGAGGUGGCCGCUUUUCUUGAGAUUAACGACAUCGCUGGUUUAGUUCGCGGUGCGAACGAAGGGCAGGGUCUGGGCAAUGCCUUUUUGUCACAUAUUCGAGCGGUGGAUGGCAUCUUUCAUGUCUUGAGGGCUUUUGAUGAUCCAGAGGUCACACAUGUUGAGGAUUCAGUUGACCCCGUUAGAGAUCUGGAAAUCAUUUCUCAAGAAUUGCGUUUAAAGGACAUUGAAUUCAUGGAGAAGAAAAUUGACGACUGUGAAAAAGUCUUGAAGCGCAGCAAUGCUAAGGAAGCGAAAAUGGAAUUGGAAUGCUGUCAAAAGGUCUACGACUGGUUGAAACAAGAAAAGGAUGUCAGACUUGGUGACUGGAAAACUGCCGAAAUUGAGAUUCUGAAUACAUUCCAGUUGCUGUCUGCAAAACCAGUGGUAUAUCUGAUCAACAUGACGGAGAAGGAUUACCAACGGAAGAAAAACAAGUGGCUAGCUAAGAUUCAUGCUUGGGUACAGGAACAUGGAGGUGGUGUCUUAAUUCCAUUUAGCGGUGUGUUAGAACAAAAACUAGCAGACAUGCCUGCAGAUGAAGCUGCAGUAUACUGCAAGGAGAAUGAUCUCGUCAGUGCAUUGCCCAAAAUUAUCAAGACAGGUUUCGCUGCCAUCAAUUUAAUUUAUUUCUUCACAGCUGGUCCUGAUGAGGUGAAGUGUUGGCAGAUUCGGAAACAGUCGAAGGCUCCGCAAGCAGCUGGUGCUAUACACACAGAUUUUGAAAGGGGUUUCAUCUGUGCAGAGGUCAUGAAGUUUGACGACUUGAAGGAGCUCGGAAGUGAGUCAGCGGUGAAGGCUGCUGGAAAGUAUAAACAAGAAGGCAAGAACUACGUGGUUCAAGAUGGAGACAUCAUUUUCUUCAAGUUUAAUGUGACUGCCUCGGGAAAGAAAUAGGUCUGCAGGGUUGCCUUCCGUCUUAGCUUUUCUGACCGUAAUAACCUUGGCGUAUUAGUAGCACAAUCUUUGGGAUACUAGGUCUUGUAUGAAGUACGUAUGCAAGACAUACGGCUAUCCACUGUAUCGUUUGUUAUGAAGUGGAUAGCUGUAGUUUUAGCCUUUGAAGAGUAUUUCACAAAAAAAUUCGUUUUUGUGGUCUCACCUUUAACUUACAAGCUUCUCAGAUUGGAACCUUAUUAUCCAAGUUUGCUCUAAAUUCAGUCAAAUGAGUUGCAAUGUUUUCUUUCCUUUUAAUGUAAGUUUUCACACAGUGAAAACGACCUCCACAAUCUA